CUUCCGGACAUGGCUAGAGAAGGUGGCUACCGGUUUCUCAUCUUUCAGAGCUCAGCGUCAAAUGGACGGUUAAGCAUCAAAACACAUUAUGUACGUUUAUGUCGGUGCUUUCCACAGAAAUACAUGUUAGAAAUGGCGUCGUGGAUUUGAUGAACGGUUCGUGAAUGAAAUGGAAAAUGCCGAGAAUGGAGCUUCGCAACUGACAUUGUCAACUGAUGUGAACGAAAACACGGAAACGGGUUUCUCUCUCUCUGGACUAACUGUCGAUGCCUCUGAACGCAACGUUAGUGGUGACAAAGGCGUGUUCAGGGUCUGUUUUGAUGACAAGACGGAUUUGGAUGAAAGAAAUGCAGAAUAUGCCACUGGUCGCGGUGCAGCGGGACUUCAUGGAGGGGAUGAGUGUAGUGGGGUUGGUAGCACAAUGCUUGGCUUCGUAGCAAAAGGGACAUCUGCUGGAACUAAAAACAAUUGUGUCACUUCAGACCGACACAUCGACUCUUCUUUGAACAGGGUUACCGAGUCAGUGAGACAGUCAAUGGUUGAAUCAACGGCCGGAGGUCGGGGUACUUCAGCAGGAAGCCCGUCUGGCGCUGCUGAUGUUGCAGACUGUCAACCGGACACAGACGAGGCUCACCCUCGGGACUUUGCCGGGACUGUGGGGCAACCCAAGUGUAGCACGGACCGGGAUAUGCAAAAAGACACAUCAAACUCUAACCAGGAGAUAUACAGCACACCGCACUUGUCACCAUCGUGUGAUGGACACGAGCAUCAGCAGAUUUGCCGGUGCCAGGCCUCACAACCUGAGCCGCUGACGCUACGCAAUGGGAACAUGAACGACGCCGGGCAGCACUCCCCUGUCAGCGAAUCUCAGAGGGAGCCUGUAGAAAAAGUAGGUAACAUUAAAAUGGCUAACGGAGAAGUUAUGUCAACAGAGAAUAGGGAAGGGUUGGAGGCCUCGACACAACCUCGAGUAACCGAGGCAUGUCUAUCAAAUCCGCUGGUGGAAAAUCCCUUGCCCCAUCCAGUGCCGCAAAGCAGCCGCACUGAAUGCAGGACCUUGGAGUCCUGCAUAGGCGAACUGCUGAAGGAAGAAGACAGUGAUGUGUUUGACGAUUCAGGCACCUCUCCAUCACGUCAGAUUCACGGAGAUGACCCAGUCCCGACGGUUGAACUCACCUUUGGGCCUGAUAGGGAAACUAGCGUUACCGCUAGGCCACAGUCUCUUAAAUCUAUCACCCAUAGCACGCACUUUCUAAGCUGCGAUUCCACACCGCUGAGCCCGGAGAGCAGCAACGCUUUCCUGCGCCCCGCUGCGGAGCGGGACCUACAUUUCAUGGAUGUCAAUCUGAACUCUAGGAACACGUAUGAAAUCAGCCGACGCCAGAGCGCCCCAGACAACAUACCGGGGGGGAUGACUGUCGCCUCAGCCGUCUCCUCUGAUCAGCUGUCCAAACAGAAAAAGCAUGGCAUCAGUGAUUUCUUUGGCAGGGGCUUGUUUUCAAAGAAGCAAUGUGAGCAACAGAGUGCUCCAGGCUGGAAGCUCUUUGGAAAGGUUCCCCCCAGAGAGAACAACCCAAAGGAUUCCAGAACUAUUCAGCAGGACAGUAACCAGGGCAGCCUAACAUCUGUUUCCACACCCAGUCUCUUAGGCCCGGCGGAGUACGAGGCCAAGCGUGCCCAGUCGGGCCACUCUCCCCCCUCCCUGGCGGCCCACGGGGGACCGGGCCGCCGCAAGAACCUGGAGUUUGAGCCGCUCUCCACCACUGCCCUCAUACUGGAGGACAGACCAGCGAACCUUCCGGCAAAGUCCUCAGAGGAGGCCCAGCGCCACAGGCAGGAGUACGACGAGAUGGUGGCCGAGGCCAAGAAGAGAGAGCUGAAAGAGGCCCAGAGGAAGAAGAAGAUGAUGAAGGAGCGCUUCAAGCAGGAGGAGAGCAUCGCCAGCGCCAUGGUGGCCUGGAACAACGAGAUCCUGCCCAACUGGGAGAGCAUGCGUGGCACGCGCCGUGUGAGGGAGCUGUGGUGGCAAGGCUUGCCACCCAACGUCCGUGGCAAAGUUUGGAGCCUGGCGGUUGGGAACGAGCUCAACAUCACCCCAGAGCUAUACGAGAUCUUCCUCUCCAGGGCCAAGGAACGGUGGAGGAGUUUCAGUGAAACGGGCUCGGAGACGGAGACCGAGGCCGAAUCAGGGGCGUCUGUGGCGGACCGCGAGUCCAGUCUGGAUGUGAUCAAGCUGGACAUCUCACGCACUUUCCCCUCCCUCUUCAUCUUCCAGAAGGGUGGGCCUUACCAUGAUGUCUUGCACAGUAUCCUGGGGGCAUAUACCUGUUACAGACCAGACGUGGGAUACGUCCAGGGAAUGUCCUUCAUUGCCGCUGUGCUGAUCCUCAACCUGGAGGAAGCUGACGCCUUCAUCGCCUUCGCCAACCUCCUUAACAAGCCCUGCCAGUUGGCCUUCUUCAGAGUGGACCAUGAACUGAUGAUGAAGUACUUUGCUGCAUUCGAGGUGUUCUUUGAGGAGAACCUCCCCAGGCUGUUUAGCCACUUCAAGAGCUGCAGUCUCACUCCAGACCUCUACCUGAUAGACUGGAUCUUCACGCUGUACAGCCGGCCUCUGCCGCUGGACGUGGCGUGCCGCGUGUGGGACGUGUUCUGCCGGGACGGCGAGGAGUUCCUGUUCCGCACGGGCCUGGGCAUCCUGCGCCUGUUCGAGGACGUGCUGCUGCAGAUGGACUUCAUCCACAUGGCGCAGUUCCUCACGCGCCUGCCCGACCACCUGCCCUCCGACGCACUCUUCACCUGCAUCGCCGCCACCCAGAUGCUCAGCGGCAACAGGAAGUGGGCGCAGGUCUUCAAUGCACUCAUGAAGGACAGCAAGGAUGCAGAGAAGACGGGCAGUCCAGCACUUAAAAGCUCCUAACUGCGCUCACCUGGACACAAGCCACCAGUUCUCAUUGUGGAGGACUUAUAUUGCCGCAAAAGAACUUAGAAUUUUCCAAUUCUAAAUCAAAAAUGAAUUUCUAACUGACAAAACCAAAUUCUCACAUGUCGAGAGGUCACCUAGAGAGCCUAGGGAAAACACUUGAAUCCUCGAAAACAAAAAAAAACCUUUGCCAGUAUUACUUCCACGAUCAGGAAAAACUGUGGCUUUGAAGUAUGUGACUAUAUGGUUGUUGUUGUUGUUGUUAUUAUUUAUUUGGUCAAUGUCGGAACGAUCGCUGCCUUUCCCUCCCACCGUAACGCUCGAGCUUUGGUGGGAGCAUGUCCACUUUGCAAACACUUCAGACUUCUGGCUCCGGGAUGGACCAGGGCUUCUAUGGACAGCGCAAAAGAGUGGACAGCAGAAAAUUCUGAAAGCACUACCACUCCCCGCCCCCCCACCCCACCUCACAGCAGUCUCAACUCAACACAAGUCUCCACUCUCACUUGCACAUGAAGCAGGUUUCUGAUGUGACUCGAAAGACACUCAGUCAGUUCAGAAACGUGUCACUAUUUUUGCUCUCUCACACACUCUUUUACUCUUCUGGCUUUGUGUCCCCACAAACCUGUCGAUCCAGAGCUCAGUGUGAGCUCCCAGGCUGAGGGAACGGACUAGAUGUGAGUGAUAGCUGUGUUUUAACAGUUCCAAGAAAACAAGCUUUCGACAAACUCAACAUCUCUUUAAGCUUCUUUUUUUUUAAUUUAGUCAUGUCUCGGACCAGCAAGGAGUUUUGGACCAGUAGUCAAGCCGUCACCCCUGCAAGCUUUAGGUAUACUCUUAUGGGGAGAUCGCACAUCAUAGCUGCUUUGGAACAGUCUUGCGUUGUUAAAUGGACUGACUUUGAAAUGGACCAGUAACUGUAACAUGGACUUAAAUGUAAUGAUAUUGCCUCAUCGAGAAGUAAGGCUAUCUAUAUGAAGGAAUGAAGUUAAUCAGGAUUAUUUAACCCGACACAAAAAAAGGACUGAAAAUCUUGAAAAAAAAAGAAACAAAACAAAGAAAUGCCUGGUAAAUGUGAUUGUUAGUGUCUCUCUCACUCUCACACUCUCUGUCUGAGAUAAAUUGCUUUUUGUUUUUUUUUCUCUUACAGUAUGUCAGAUCUUUUUGAAGUGCAAUGGUGAAUCGUAGCUUUAGGACAGCAAGGAACCCCCAGAGCAUAACCACUCUGUGUGUCUUACUGUUGAUGCUCAGGCAUCUUGAGUGUACUUACUUGCAAAAUCGAGAGGAAUCUCGAAAAAGGCUUUUUAUUUCCACCCCGUCUCUGCCAGCAAUGGUGGAUAUGUUAAGAGAGCAUACAGUCGCUAUGUUACUUGUGCACAACACUUGCGUGUUACACAGUGUCAGUGCUUUUGUGGGCCAACAGGUGCAACUGAUGACUUUCUUUUUUUUAAAUGCAGUGAAUGUUUUAUCUGUUCUGAGGACCUUAUUAAUCUUCCUAUUGAUGCAGCAGCAUUGUGAUGCUUAUAAUAGCGCACCAUUCUCAGUUCAGUACUGAAGUUUGUUUGUUUGUUUUUCUGUUUGUUUGUUUUAUGGAUUGGUUUUGGUUGCAUACUAUCAGAUACCUGGUUUUAUUUGGAUUUUAAAGCUCUAAAGCUGUAUGAUUUGAUGUAAAAAAAAAAUUGCAACUGUAUGAUUGAUUUUAAAUAGCAGGCUACUACAUAAUUGAUAAGUUGAUUCACUAUCUUGUCUUCUGUCUUUCUCUGUGUUGUACAGUUUUCAUACUAAGUUAUGAGUUAAAUGUAAAUAGAUUAUGCCCUUGCUAAAAGAUCAUUAGAUAAAAUUCAUGUAAAUAAAUUGAAGCUGAAAA